CUACAACAUUGUAACUUUGCAUGCGCAAACCUUCAACCUUCAACCUUCAAUUUAUCAAUUGAGAGAAUAUAGGGGCCUAAUCAAUUCAAUAUGCCCAAAAAACAGUCCCAGGAGCAAGAUGGCCGAUCUGCGAAGGGUGAUUCGCGGUUUGCUAAUUUUGAAUCCGAUCCCCGUUUCCGCCUACCCUCCAAGAGUCGCACCAAGACUGCCAUAGACAAACGUUUCUCGCGCAUGUUGAAGGAUGACGAUUUCGUCGCGAGCGCUAAAGUCGAUAAAUACGGUCGCAAAUUAAAAUCGGAUAAUAAGAAGAAAGCCCUUCGAAGCAUAUACCAGACAGAGGACGACGAAGAUGUUGAAGUAGAUGAGGAUCAUGUGGUUGAGCGCGAACUUCAAAAAGCCAAUACUAAAUAUGACCCAGCUCGUGGUGGUGGAUUUUCUUCUUCCGAGUCCGAAUCGGGCGACUCAGAUGAAGAAGAGGAGCAGGACGAAGAGGACGAAGAGACCGAAGUGAAUACGUCCGCGAGCAUGCAAAGGCUGCGUGAUGCUCAAGCAGACGUCGAAACGGGAGAGGUUACGAGAAGGAUAGCAAUCGUGAAUCUAGAUUGGGAUCAUAUAAAAUCGGCCGAUUUACUAGCUCUUUUCUCUAGUUUCGUACCCAAGGGUGGACGUAUCGAGCGAGUUUCUAUCUACCCGAGUGAGUUUGGCAAGGAGCGAAUGCGACGGGAAGAACUAGAAGGACCUCCUAGGGAGAUUUUCAAAAAGACUUCAGAAUCCGAGAACGAAGAAUCCGAGCCAGAUUCUGAGGAAUCUGAGGAAGGUGACGAGGAUGAGGAAGAUGACGAGAAGAUCAAAGACGAAAUUCUUCAAGAAGGAGACGACAAAGAUUUUGACAGCGAUGCGCUUCGGGCUUAUCAACUGGACCGGCUACGCUACUAUUAUGCCGUUAUGGUAUGCUCCGACACCGCGACGGCAGAGAAAAUCUAUGAGGCAACAGAUGGCACGGAAUACCUGUCGUCUUCGAAUUUUAUGGACCUGCGGUUUAUACCCGAUGAUGUCACGUUCGAUGAUGAACCGAGGGAUGAGUGCGAUUCUAUAUCGCCUGAUUACAAACCAACCGAGUUCACAACCGAUGCUUUACAGCAUUCUAAAGUUAAACUCACCUGGGACAUGAACCCCGAGGAAACGACCAGGAGGGAGAAUAUUAAGCGAGCAUUCAGCGGUAGCCGCGCAGAUAUCCAAGAAAAUGAUCUACGCGCUUACCUCGCAAGCGAUAAUAGCGAUGAUGAGGAUGAUGAGAGUGAGGAAGAGGAUGCUCAAGCCGAAGUAGCUGAUGAUCAACCAAAAUUGACAAAGAAGGAGUUGAAGGCGAGAAAACUUCGUGAAGCUCUUGGGUUGAGUACCGAACCAUUAUCGCGACCUUCCAAGUCUGGACCAGUUGGGGAUAUGCAAGUCACGUUCACUCCCGCGCUGAUGGACGAUGGCAAAAAGAAGAAAGAGCCAGAAGCCGAAGAAACUACGAUUGAAAAGUACAUGCGUAAAGAGCGGGAAAGGAAGGCUCGGAAGAAGGAGAAGGUUCUGGCGAAGCGUGAUGAAGCUUCUGGUCAAAAGGACGAUGAUGAAACUGAGCAACCCCAAGAGGAUCUUGGUUUCGAUGACCCCUUCUUUACAACUGAGGAACCUGUUAAGAAGUCGAGGCAUACCGAAAAGAAGGAAGAGCGCCGCAAGAGACGAGAAGCAAAAGAAGCCGAAGCAGCUGAGAAUGCCGCACAGAAGGCCCAACUGGAGCGACUUAUGGCUGAAGAUUCCAAGGAUGCUGUUGACCAUCUCGACCAUUUCAAUAUGAAUGAGAUUGCUCGCGCGGAAAAGCUGAAAUCCAAGAAGCACAAGAAGAAGAAGGGAGUGGAAGACCACGGUGGUCUCCAAGAAGGGUUCGAGAUGGAUGUUAAGGACGACCGAUUUAAGGCAGUGUUUGAAAGCCAUGAAUUCGCUAUCGAUCCUUCGAACCCGCGAUACAAGGCUACGCCAGGAAUGAAGCAGCUUCUCGAGGAGAGACGGAAAAAGCGGAAGACAGACCCGGAUACGGUUGAUGCGCCGCAGGGGCAAAACAGCAAAUCUAAGAAGCAAAAGAUAUAAUUGAGGCUAGCUAAUAGAGCAUUGUUACUAAUACGAAUAUUCGUGUGCGAACCA